GACUAGCCGAGGCAACGCGGAAAAGAUAGAAGCCAUGACGACUCGCUUCAAGAAGAAUCGGAAGAAGCGCGGGCACGUGAGCGCCGGACAUGGCCGUAUCGGUAAGCACCGGAAGCAUCCUGGCGGUCGCGGAAAUGCCGGCGGUAUGCACCAUCAUCGAAUCCUUUUCGACAAGUACCAUCCGGGUUACUUCGGUAAGGUCGGAAUGCGAUAUUACCACCGCCUGCGUAACAAGUUCCACUGCCCCACUGUCAACAUCGACCGCCUCUGGUCUCUCGUGCCUGAAGACGUCAAGGCUGCGGCUGCCACGGCGCCGGCCGAUAAAGCGCCUUUGAUCGACGUCACUCAGUUUGGAUAUUUCAAGGUCCUCGGAAAGGGCAUGCUUCCUGCCUCGCAACCCGUUGUUGUGAAGGCUAAGCUCAUCUCCAAGACUGCUGAGAAGAAGAUUAAGGCUAACGGGGGAGCUGUGCUACUUACAGCUUGAUUGGAUCUGCAUAAUUUAGGCUCUUGGGUAGAGCCCUAAGGUCUUUUAUCUGUUUUAUCUUUUGAUUUGAAAAUCUAGGAUAUUUCUUUUAAUUACUUGCUGGAUUGUUUGUUUUCUGCAAUGCUCGAUGAGAUGUCUAUUAUUAAAGAGAGUUGUUAUGGUUGUCGUGCACUCAUUUUAAUUCUGCAAAAAAAUUCUAUUUUUAUUUCAAUAUCGAGUAUUGAACAUUCCCAAUGCUGUAUUUUACUUCUUUCCAUUG